AUGCUGCCAUCACCUGAAUCAGGGCUGGUUUACUUCUUAAUAAUGGGGUCUUUGGCUGUUGUAACUGGGUUUUACAUCCGAUACUUCAAAUUAGGAACAAUAUUAAGACGGCCAAAAUUUGGUAUAGUACAUCAUUCUAAGAAGAAUAUAAGGGUUUUAUCAUGUUUAGCUUUGCUACUCAUGAUGAAUCUUUACGUAUGGAGUGUGAUAUUCAAAUAUUACUUCCUUGGAGAACGAAUGAUUCGUAUUAAUGAUACCUGGAUAUCAAGUUGCUCACCAAUCAAUGAGCAAACGUUAAGCAGAAGAUUCUUUAAAUUUAGAGUUCCUGGUUAUUCUUUUAUUGAAAGGGAGCUAAGCUCAAGUGAUGUUUCAAAGUUUCAUUUUGAUUGUAAAGAUGUAUUGUUUGUGGAUACGCUAGAGGCUACCAAGAAAAAAGCAUUACCAACCAAGAUGAAGCAAACAAGGGACCUAGCAUUCAACUUGUCAAAGACGACUUAUCCUGAUGCAAAGUUUGCAUUCUUGGAUGAGGAUAAUGAAAAGGAGCAAGCCAUUCUCCGAGAUAAAUGGGGAAAGUUUGCGGGAUCAAGUGUUUGGAUGUCAAAAUAUCAAGUGCAUUUUUUUGUCAACAGAGUUGUAUAUUCUAAGACAAAGCAAAGAAACAAACCAACCAUUAGCUUACUUGACAUCCAACUUUUUGACUCACAAUGGGAUGAAUUAGCAAAUUAUGAAUUACAGACGUUACAAGGCAGUAAGUUGAAUUUUCCUAGUUUCCUCCAUAUUCCUGUUUAUAAGAAUGCCAAAAGACUUAUCACUAUGGGAGCUGAAGAUCCAAGAGUUGUUUUAAGAAAAUUUGUCAAUGAUCGGGGUCAAGAUGAUGAAGAGCCCGUUAUAAUUUUCAAUAUGAGAAACGCUGAAAUCAGCAAUAAGAGGGCAAUGCAUAUGAUAAGACCUUUUAGUAGCCCCGAAGUUAUAAGAUUGUCUUUACGUGACAGGCGUCCCCGGUUCAGAGAAAAAAACUGGGCUCCUUUUUUUGAUGAAAGCGAUCAAGAGCAUAUUUAUUUUGUAUACAACUUCAAUCCGCUUAGGAUAAUCAAAUGCCUUCUUUCAGACGGAAUCUGUGAUAAAAUAGCUGGACCAAAAUUUUUGAGUGUCGACGCAGAUGAGUCCAAGCAUGUGGGUCCCUUAAGAGGCGGCACAGAUUUAAUUCCAAUACCGCAUAAAGUUCUCCCCCCAUCUUUGCAUAACAGGAAAUUUUGGUUUGGAAUUGCAAGAUCUCAUAACAACAAAUGCAGUUGCUUGAAUGAAAUAUAUAGACCACAUGGAUUUAUUAUAUCCAAGGAUGUUAAUCAAAAUGAUUUCUCACUUGAUUAUGUGAGUUCAUUAAUUGACUUUAAUAUCGAUACAGAACCAUGGGAUCCUUACAAGACCACUUGUGAGGAUGGUAAGAGUGUUCUAAUUCCAAACAGUAUUGGGUACUGGGAUUUCAUGUAUGAUUCCAGUCUGGAUAUCGUAAGUGAUGUGAUGGGCAUCACUCUUUCUGAAGCUGAUAGGACUAACAUUAUUAUUCAUGUUAAAGGCACUUUAGCUCAUAUCCUAUCUGCAUUGCAUGCAACGGAUAGUGAUAGUAAGGAUAGUGUGAGCAAGCUAAAUGCGCAUUUAAGUUCAGCUGAUAGAAAUAAAGAGAAUGAGCUUUUGGGCGAGUGUUCAACAUCAUUGGCGAACAGAUAUUGUAUCGCUAGAGUUGUAAACAAAAAUGGAAGAGUACCCAAGAAUGCACCUCGUCCACAAAAUUCCCGUAAAAAGGGAACUAAGUAG